UGGCCGCCGCCGCUCGAGCCCCGUCUCGUUCGUGUUGCCGAGGCUCGCGUGCCUGCGUCUCGGUCCCGGGGUCCGCGAGCGAGCCAGCACGCGGCCCGCCCGCUCCCGGUCCCACCGGCCGACCGUUGGUGACGAUACGUUCAGCAGGUUUACCGGAGAAACUCAGUUAACGCAGAAACGCCAUUUUGUUUUCUAUGUUUGUGAAACAGCAGCCGGACUGUCCGCCAUGUUACUGAAACAACUCGCUCAGAUACCGUCUGAAACCUCCGGUAAACGGCUGUUUCUCCCGCUGACACUAAGUUACACGGUUAACGUUUAAACGGGUUGAACCCAUGCUGUGCCACAAAUGUCCUAAUCUUCCUGUUUAACGGUGUUUAAAGUCAAUUUCAGCCGAGAAAAGUUUGAUUUCUGUUACCGAAUUUGCGUUUCCGUCCUAGGACGGAGAAGGAAUGACCCGCCCUACUCUGCUUCUGAUUGGCUCAUCCUGGUGUUCAAUACUCUAACCCUAACCAAUCCAACCACGAGGGCAGCGAGUACCAGCCAAUCAGCGGCAAGGUAGGGCGGGACAUUCCUUUGCCGUCCUAGGAAAACGCGAACAACCAAGGUGGUUUCAGCGAUAAUCGGAGUAAAAUGUAUCCGAGGAAAGGUGACCGGGAUCCGGGUAAAGAGCACCGUGAUGUGGCGUAGGUUCCAGCGGUCGUUAGAGUUGACUUAAGGCCGACAAAAAGUACCUGUCCUUCGGCGACAAAAGUUAAGUUUAGACACCAAGACGACCGGUUAACAUUAGAAAAAAGGAAAGAAACAACUCCUGAUCUAUUGUGCUAAAUCAGUGUUAGCAUCGCAGAUGCUAGCCCGUUAGCCUAGCCCACUUUGGUCCGGGUUAAAUGCACUCCCGUAUCAGAGCCUCCGGUACCGGCGGUUAGCGGAUAAAAACCCGGUCUGUUCCGGUAAAUACUGUCGGUGUGCUCGAUGUUAACAGCUAGCUGCUGUCUGUCCCCAACAUGGAUCAGGAAGCGUGCACACGCUUUGGUGCGCGUGUCCGCUGUACAAAAGAUGUGCGAGACUGUGAAGUACGUGGACAGUGAACACACCGCGGUGUUCCUGAGGCUUCUGAACGAGCAGCGUCUGGAGGGCGAGCACUGUGACAUCGCCGUGGUCGUGGAAGACGUGAAGUUCAGAGCUCACCGCUGCGUGCUCGCCGCCUGCUCCAACUACUUCAAGAAGCUCUUCAAGAAACACGAGGUGGACAACUCGUCUGUGAUCGAGAUCGACUUCAUCCGGUCAGACAUCUUUGAGGAGGUGUUGAACUACAUGUACACGGCCAAGAUCUCGGUCAAGAAACGAGACGUAAACCUGAUGAUGUCAUCGGGGCAGAUCCUCGGGAUCCGCUUCCUCGACAAACUCUGCUCACAGAAACGAGACGUGUCAUCAGAGGACAAAGAUAAGUUUCCGUACGACAUCGUGAAGAUGGCGCUGCCGCCUGAAGCUCAGCUGGCUGCUGACGCCGAGGUUCUCGGGGAGCAUGAUGACACACACACCACAGAUGACCUCGUCGAGGCAUCGGCCAAUCAGGAGCUAGAUAAGUCUCCCAGUGCAGCUUUGCGUGUCCAGGAAGCCAUCCUGAAAGAAUUGACCAAUGAGGACGUACACAAGGUGACCUGCUAUGACCAGGAUGUGGUGGCGGAGAUGGAGGCGGAGCCUAAGGAACUGGGGGCGGAGCACCACGGCGCCCAGACGCUGGCGUUUGCCGACAGUAUCGGCGAGGUGAAGGACGAGCAGCCGCCCGGUUGGACCACGGCCACCGCCGACAUGAAGUUUGAGUAUCUGCUGUACGGACACCGAGAGACGCUCAACUGCCCCGUCUGUGGCAAGAGCUUCCUGGACGAGAGCCGGCUCAGGUACCACACACACACACACACACCACACACACUCCGCCCCCUCACCUGUCUUAACUCACCUGUUUGGCUCCGCCCCUCACCUGUUUUAACUCACCUGUUUGGCUCCGCCCCCUCACCUGUUUUAACUCACCUGUGUGUCCCAGAACACCUGAAGAUCCACACGGGCUUCAAGCCCUACAGGUGUGACGUUUGUGGGAAAUCGUUCAUUCGAGCUCCGGACCUGAAAAAACACGAGCGAGUUCACAGCAACGAGAGGCCGUUCGCCUGCCAGAUGUGUGAGAAGGCAUUUAAACACAAGUCUCACCUGAAGGACCACGAGAGGAGACACCGAGGAGAGAAACCGUUCGUCUGUCCGUCCUGCACCAAAGCCUUCGCCAAGGCGUCUGAUCUGAAGCGCCACGAGAACAACAUGCACAACGAGAGGAAACAGCUGCAGAGCGACACGGAGACGCUGCAGGCCGCCGCCAUGGCCGCUGAGGAGCAACAUCUGGACAGCAUCAGCUGAUCCUAACAUCUGGACAGCAUCAGCUGAUCCUAACAUCUGGACAGCAUCAGCUGAUCCUAACAUCUGGACAGCAUCAGCUGAUCCUAACAUCUGGACAGCAUCAGCUGGACAGCAUCAGCUGAUCCUAACAUCUGGACAGCAUCAGCUGAUCCUAACAUCUGGACAGCAUCAGCUGAUCCUAACAUCUGGACAGCAUCAGCUGAUCCUAACAUCUGGACAGCAUCAGCUGAUCCUAACAUCUGGACAGCAUCAGCUGAUCCUAACAUCUGGACAGCAUCAGCUGGACAGCAUCAGCUGAUCCUAACAUCUGGACAGCAUCAGCUGGACAGCAUCAGCUGAUCCUAACAUCUGGACAGCAUCAGCUGAUCCUAACAUCUGGACAGCAUCAGCUGAUCCUAACA